AAAUGAAAACACACACACACAAGAACAUUGCACAAUAACAAGAAACAAAUGGUGGGCUACUGAUGACAUUCAAGAGCUGCAUCACUGCAACUUUAUUUUGCUCAUAGAGGAAAUCAUGAGUUUUUAGGUAUUACAGCAGCAACUAAUUUAGAUGACUUAGUUUAACUUAAUAGGCUUAAAAAGAAACAUGUCAAUGUUAGGAGUAAGGAAAAAACUACUUAUUUUCUGUUUCUAGUUAUAAGUAAAGAACUUAAUGGACAGCAGAUUUACAGUAGAAUAAAAAACAUGCUGUCCAUUUCUGCCUCUGAAGAACAUAACCCUGCAGUCAAAUAUACAUCAGGAAAUUAAAAAUUAUUGAGCUACUGACUUUGUUGUUCACAGGGUUAGCCCAGCAUCACUGACUUGUCAGAUAUUCUCUUGAGUGCAUAGAGUAAAAUUCUAAAAUCUGAAUCUUCAAGGAAUUGUAAAAAAAGAAGUAUUUCUAGACAAUUUACCACCCCUAACUCCUCAGAAUGGAAGGGAUGAGGAGUUGAUACAUACUUUGGUGUUACCCUAAAGCUUAUUUGAAAUCUUAUGAUUAACUUUUUUUAAAAAAUUCACUUUUGAAUUUUAUUAUAAAAGUCUGUUUUUUAACAUGCAACAAUUUUUGAGUUUUUUAUUACACAGUAAACUUGGCACCAUCUUCCAGGUGGGAGCACUUUAUUUAUGCUGUGAUUUAGGAUGCAUUAUUUUAUUUUGGAAGAACCUUAGCAGAUAUCCCAGGGACAGAAAUCACUUAGUGAAAUAUCUUUCUUUUGUUAAAAAAAAAAAAAUCUUUAACACCUAGCAAAAUGUAUUGUUCAUGUUACAGUGAGAUCUGCUAUUCUGAUGUUUACCCAAUUCAUAGGCAUAUCCAGAUAAUUCCAUAAUAUGAGGUAAAUAUCCCAAAUGUGAGGAUUGUAGAAAAACAAUGAGUUGGUGGCAAUGCUUUUAGCUAAACAAACUCCCUUUCUGAUGGCCAUCAAAUGGUACCAGUUCCUGCAAGGCCUAGCACAGAUAGGUCUGCCUAUGUCUCCACUGUCCACUUACCACUGGGAGAAGAAUGAGUUCUAGAAGUGGAGCACGUCCUUCAACUCAGUUAUUGUGCUAAAUACUUGUACCUUGCCUCAUUGAACUAUCAUGAUGAUUGUCAGAGAAGGGCACUAUUUUCAUCCCCUUUUAUUUUUCAGAAAACCAAGACUCAGAGACACUAGAUAACUUUUCCCACAUCACACAGAUAUUAAAUUGUGGUUGCAGAGUUUUAAUCCAUACAACGUAACUCGAGAACAUUAUUUACUCCAGUAGUUUUGCUCAGUAGGUUAGAGUAAACCAAGAAUACUUUGGUAUAAAGUAUAUGUUUUUCUUUAUAAGACUGUUUUCCAAUAAUCCCAACUACUGUUGCCUCAUUUAAUAGACUCUACUUUUCAAAUUCUUAAUCAGAUCAGUCUUCAAAUUCUUGGCUCAUUUUUAAUUUUCACUUAUGGUUCCAAACCAUAAGAGAGACCUUAUCAGACCACAUCUCAUUUAAAAUAGGAAAGGACAUUGUACAAAGUAUCCUCAUAUUAUUACAUACAGCUAAGUUAGGUAGAAAUAUUAUAGGAGUCAGUGCAGCAGUAAGAACACAUUACAACUGUGGCUGGAGGCACAUUCACUGAAGGCCAAGCCUCAAGAUAGAGAUGGAAUGACUAGACCUACAUGCCUCCCUGAGGGAUAAACAAUAUACUACAACUGACAUUCUAAAUAGGCCUCAGGUGAUUGGAACUCCUGAUCUAUCUCUUCUAAAAAAGGUUCUUGUUCUUUCUACAUACACUUGCUAUGUGACUUGCUUCUCCAUGGAUCAAUAUUAUCUAAGUGACUAUAUUUGUAAUUGUAUUGGUUGAUCAUAGCUUUGUCCCACCUUGUACUUGCCUUGUGAUUUUGCUCUGUAAAACUUCCUGUGAGCAGUGAGCUGCGGUCAACUCCCUUUCCAAGUCUGCUCCUAUCUCUCUCAAGCAAGAGCUGUCUCUCCCUCAAUAAAAUUCAUUCUUUGAGUUUGGGGAACACGACAUCUAACAGGUUGGGAGUUAUAAUACAUUUUCCUAUAUCACUUGGAGGUCCUAUAUCAAUAUAAUUAUUGGUUUGUGACACUGGAUAAGUUUUUAUCUUCUUUAAAUUUCAGCUUAUUCAGUGACAUGUCUUCCUAUCAGGAUACAGAAAGAAAAUAUCUUGCAUGAUAUUGAUUUGUAUUUAGGUUUAUUGUGGUUCAGAAAUGAGCACUUAUUCUAAAUUUAAUUUUCAAACAAUAGCUAUUUUUCAGUCUCUACCUUUGGGCUGAUUUGACACAAUGAAUAUCAAUAACUACUGCAAUAAGAUUUCUAACACAUAUGAAAAUUAAUCUUAAUGAAAUCACUGGUAUUGGCAGUUAUGACCAUUAAAUUUGUUAAGUCCUAGAGGAAAGAUGGAUGUUUAAAUUGAAAUUACAUGUUGGACCCAGAAAUGACAGGAAAAAUUUUCACUUUUCACAGAUUUGAUCAUAUAAGUAUAUUUUAACCCAACAUUAUUUCAACAAGAUAUUUUAUAAUUUCAUUUCAAUGUUCCCAAUGAAAUACAUUACAAUUUACUAGAAUGAUAUAAAUGCAUAUGCAUAUAUAUGUAUAUAUAUAUGCACACACAGAAAAUUCAUGUUUGUACAUAUAUAUACACACAUACACAUGCACAUUAUUCUUUUUGAACACUAAGCAAUUUUGAGCUAUUUUUAGUAAAUUAAUUAUGAUUUUUAAAUGCUCAACUAUUAAUCAGUACUUACUAUUUUGCAAGACCCAAUGGAUUAUACUCAUAGAAGAUAUAACUGAGACCAUACACAGAGAGAUGAGAUGUACCCAAGAAAGGCAUUCUUUGGAAAGAUGAAAACACUUAGUGGAAGCAAAGGAGUCCCAGCAAUGUCUAAUGGGCUUGAACUGUGACCCAGCAAUAAUAUUUUUCUAGAACUCAAUUGUAUGAUUUUGAAACUAAAACUAAGACAUUAUGAAACUUAAAAACAGAGUGAGACAGGAUUUUGGUAUAUUUACUUAGUAAUAAACCACUCCAAAUACAUAAAUAAAUUACCUCAAACUCAUAAAUGAGAAGAAGAAUUCCUUGGCUAAUGGGUUGUGGCGCUGAGAUUUGAUAGUCUGCAACCUCAUAGCUCCGCCACCUUAUUUUUGACCUUCAUUAAGCUCUUUAACAUUUAUCUUCAAGUUUUAGUUGCUGCAUUCCUCUAGUUAGCAAUAUAUACAAUCAUCCCUGCAGGCCUCUUACCUUGCUCCUGUCCCUGGAGCUAGAUGUAAUAGUUUACCUGUACUGUGUUCUAGGCAAGCAACCCUCUUUGGGCAACAUUCUUGUCCUACCUGUUCCUACACAUUCUGGAUAGGGACUCAAUUAGUUGUUGAAUUGAUUCCUUUAAACGUUAAACCCACUCAUCUGUUCCUUUCUCUGGAAUUCUCAAGACCACUGAGACACAGCUGCUCAUUUGUUGAAGUUAAUGGGUGAAAAUGGUUCUUGACUGUAGGAGGUUUGUUCAACACCAGGCAAGGGAGAGACAAGAACUCUUAGGCACAUCUCUGGUUCCAGUCUAGGAAAAACAACAUGAACACUAUUUUAUGCACAUUUACUCAUAAAACAAUGCCGAGUUCUUUAUUAGAUUUGAUGUUCGGUGUACAAACAUCCUAAUUCAGCUUAAAAUAGCCCACACACAUUCCAUUUCUAAAACUAUUUCCCUCCUUUUCCUUCCCCUCCCCAUUUCCUCUUGCACGUCUUUUUUUUUUCUGUCUUAUUUCUCCUUUUUCUCUUUACCAUAGUUUUCCCUCUAUUGAAAAAAGGAAGGUAAAUAAAACUUAUCUUUAACCAUCCUUUAACCAGCAGUCAUAAAGGAAGCGAUCCUUCCACAAGCAUAAGCAGAGCCCUCAGUGGGGCGUGGCGGGGACGCCCCCCCUUAGGGCCAAGGACCUUAAGGGGAAGUCCCGGAGUUUUGAGCUCUGGAAACCGGGAUAUCAGCUACGCUCACUUUCAGACAGCCUGGCGGGUUUGCGCAGUCGGUCCAAGCAGCAGCCCUCCUUUAAGGGAUCAACAGCCCAGGCACUUCUACAGUGCCCUUCCUGUCCAGACUCUGGAAAAGCUAGGGGUGUGAGGGCGGAGCCACUGGGCUGGCAACACCCUCACCAGGGUCCAGCCCUUGCCAGUCUUUCACCACCUUAGGGAUUUGGCACGGAGAGAGAGAUCACCCUCUCAAUGAAAAGGCAGAUGUCCCUUUAAGGUUUGCCUUGCUGGCCGUGGACUUUAGCCUAAAAAAGGACCCGCGAUGCUGGCUUUAUUUGUCCAUGUCUCGGUCAGAGCCUGGGAAGCUUGCCAGUGAGAUUUUCGACUGAAAGCGCGAAGGAGCGGACGAGGAGCGGACGGCCGUUUAGGAGGUGAAAAGUGUGCUGCCGAUUUAAAGGCUUUCGACCGAAAGACAAGAAAUCACUCCUCUGCCGUGUCUGGGCUGUGUGGUCGGCGGGCCGAGGACGGGACGCGCAGCCCGAAGAGGUGGUCCAGAGCACGGCGGUGCUCAGUCCUGUCCGUGCCUGACACGCGCGUCCCAGGCUAUUGCGGCUCCAGCCAUGGCCCCCCGGCGCCCGGGCAGCCCAGAGGUCGCUGUCGCCUGCUUAUGGCUUCUCAUGGGCUUCUGUGAAUCCUUCAAUGUGGACGUGAAAAAUUCAAUGAGUUUCAGUGGCCCAGUGGAAGACAUGUUUGGCUAUACUGUUCAACAAUACGCAAACGAAGAAGGAAAUUGGGUCCUUAUUGGUUCUCCUUUAGUUGGUCAACCCAAAACCAGAACUGGCGAUGUCUAUAAGUGUCCAGUUGGGAGAGGUGAAUCUUUACCUUGCAUGAAGCUGGAUCUACCAGUUAAUACAUCAAUUCCCAAUGUCACAGAAAUAAAAGAGAACAUGACGUUUGGAUCAACUUUAGUCACCAACCCAAAAGGAGGGUUUCUGGCAUGUGGACCCUUAUAUGCCUAUAGAUGUGGACAUCUGCAUUACACAACUGGAAUCUGCUCUGAUGUCAGCCCCACGUUUCAAGUCGUGAACUCCUUUGCCCCUAUACAAGACUGCAACACUCAGUUGGAUAUAGUCAUAGUGCUGGAUGGGUCCAACAGUAUUUAUCCCUGGGUUAGUGUUACAGAUUUUUUAAAUGACCUUCUGGAGAAAAUGGAUAUUGGUCCUAAACAGACACAGGUUGGAGUUGUACAAUAUGGAGAAGAAGUUACUCAUGAGUUCAACCUUAAUAAAUACUCAUCUACAGAAGAGAUACUUGUUGCGGCAAAACAAAUACGCCAGAGAGGUGGCCGCCAGACUAUGACAGCCCUUGGAAUAGACACAGCAAGGAAGGAGGCCUUCACUGAAGCCCGGGGUGCCCGGAGGGGAGUAAAAAAAGUCAUGGUUAUUGUGACUGAUGGAGAGUCACAUGACAACCAUCAACUACAGAAGAUCAUCCAAGACUGUGAGGAUGAAAGCAUUCAGCGAUUUUCCAUAGCUAUUCUUGGCAGCUAUAACAGAGGAAAUUUAAGCACAGAAAAAUUUGUAGCAGAAAUAAAAUCGAUUGCAAGUAAACCCACUGAAAACCAUUUCUUCAACGUCUCUGACGAAUUGGCCCUGGUCACUAUUGUUAAAGCUCUGGGAGAAAGAAUAUUUGCCCUGGAAGCUACAGUUGACCCAUCAGCGGCUUCAUUUGAAAUGGAACUGUCUCAGACUGGCUUCAGUGCUCAUUAUUCACAGGACUGGGUCAUGCUUGGGGCAGUGGGCGCCUAUGACUGGAAUGGAACAGUUGUCAUGCACAAGGCCAAUCAAAACAUAGUCCCUCAAAAUACAACCUUUCAAGUGGGGUCUACCAAAAUGAAUGAACCUCUUGCUUCUUAUUUAGGUUACACAGUAAACUCUGCCACUGCCCCUGGAGAUGUGCUCUAUGUUGCGGGACAGCCUCGAUACAAUCACACAGGCCAGGUCAUCAUCUAUAGGAUGGAAAAAGGAGACAUCAAGGUUCUUCAGGCACUCCAUGGAGAACAGAUUGGUUCCUACUUUGGCAGUGUUUUAACAACAAUUGACAUUGAUAAUGAUUCUAACACUGACAUCCUUCUCAUUGGAGCUCCCAUGUACAUGGGAACAGAGAAAGAAGAACAAGGAAAAGUAUAUGUGUAUACUCUGAAUCAGACAAGGUUUGAAUAUCAAAUGAGCCUGGAACCAAUUAAGCAGACCUGCUGCUCAUCUCUGAAGCACAAUUCAUGCACAAAAGAAAACAAAAAUGAGCCAUGCGGGGCUCGUUUUGGAACAGCUAUUGCUGCUGUAAAAGACCUCAAUCUUGAUGGAUUCAAUGACGUCGUGAUAGGCGCUCCACUGGAGGAUGAUCACGCUGGAGCUGUGUACAUUUAUCAUGGGAGUGGCAAAACUAUAAGGAAAGAGUAUGCACAACGCAUUCCAUCUGGUGGGGAUGGCAAGACACUGAAAUUUUUUGGCCAGUCUAUCCACGGAGAAAUGGAUUUAAAUGGUGAUGGUCUGACUGAUGUGACAAUUGGGGGCCUUGGUGGUGCAGCCCUUUUCUGGUCCCGAGAUGUGGCUGUUGUUGAAGUCUCCAUGAAUUUUGAACCCAAUAAAGUGAAUAUUCAAAAGAAAAACUGCCGUGUAGAGGGAAAAGAAACAGUGUGCAUAAACGCUACAAUGUGUUUUAAUGUGAAAUUGAGGUCCAAAGAAGACUCCGUUUAUGAAGCUGAUAUGCAGUACCGUGUUACCCUGGAUUCCCUAAGACAGAUAUCACGAAGCUUUUUCUUGGGAACUCAGGAAAGAAGGAUUCAAAGAAAUACCACAGUUCGAGAAUCCAGAUGCAUUCAGCACUCCUUCUACAUGUUGGACAAGCACGACUUUCAGGACUCCGUGAGAGUAACUUUGGAUUUUAACCUUACUGAUCCAGAAAACGGGCCUGUUCUUGAUGAUUUGUUACCAAACUCAGUACAUGAAUAUAUUCCCUUUGCCAAAGACUGUGGAAACAAGGACAAAUGUAUUUCAGACCUCACCUUGGAUGUAUCCACCACAGAGAAGGACCAGCUUAUUGUCAGGUCCCAGAACGACAAGUUCAACAUUAGCAUCACCGUCAAAAAUAAAGGUGACAGUGCUUAUAACACCAGAACAAUAGCACAGUACUCUCCAAAUCUAAUUUUUUCAGGAAUUGAGGGGAUCCAAAAAGACAGUUGUGAAUCAAAUCGUAACAUCACAUGUAAGGUUGGAUAUCCUUUCCUGAGAAGAGGAGAAAUGGUAACUUUCAAGAUAUUGUUUCAGUUUAACACAUCUUAUCUCAUGGAAAACAUGAUGAUCCACUUAAGUGCAACAAGUGACAGUGAAGAACCUUCUGAAACACUUUUUGAUAAUGCAGUAAAUAUUUCUAUCCCAGUAAAAUAUGAAGUUGGACUACAGUUUUACAGCUCUGCCAGUCAGUACCAUAUUUUAGUUGCAACCAAUGAAACUAUCCCCGAAGUAAUUAACUCUACUGAGGACAUUGGAGAAGAAAUUAAUAUCUUCUACUGGAUUAGAAAAAGAGGACAUUUUCCGAUUCCAGAGCUUAAGCUGUCAAUUUCAUUCCCCAAUUUGACAUCAGAUGGUUUUCCUGUACUGUACCCAAGAGGAUGGUCGUCUUCGGAUAAUGCAAACUGCAGACCUCACAGCCUGGAAGAUCCUCUUGGUAUCAACUCUGGAAAGAAAAUGAUUAUAUCAAAAUCUGAACAUCUGAGACGAGGCACGCUUCUGGACUGCAGUACGUGUAAAUUUGCUACCAUCACAUGCAAUCUCCUUCCUUCUGACCUGAGCCAAGUGAAUGUUUCACUCAUUUUGUGGAAACCAACUUUUAUAAAAACAUAUUUUUCAAGCUUAAAUCUUACAAUAACGGGAGAACUUCAAAGUGAAAAUUCAUCACUGAUUUUAAGUAGUAGCAACCAAAAAAGAGAGCUUGCUAUUCAAAUAUCCAAAGAUGGGUUACCGGGAAGAGUGCCGUUGUGGGUUAUCCUCUUAAGUGCUUUUGCUGGAUUACUACUGUUAAUGCUGCUCAUAUUAGCACUGUGGAAGAUUGGAUUCUUCAAAAGGCCACUAAAGAAGAAAAUGGAGAAAUGAAAUAUUUCAUAAGAGAGAAGAAUAACAAUUAUUCAGUGACCUAUCCUCAGGUUUGCCUCAAAUAUGUGACAAGAAAUUUAUAAUAUAAUCAAAAGCAUGGUCACAUAACUCAGUGUAAUCCAUCAAGGAUUAAUGACUCAGUAAAUGACAGAUCAAGCGUGAUCCAAAAAGAGUACACAAAAGAUAUAUUUUAUACAACAAUGAAAAAUAUUUUAAAUAAUUACUCAUUUUUUUGAGUAAGCAAAAUUGCAAAGGGUUUUAAAGAAGAAUAAUUUAUACAAAUGAGUUUAUACCUGAAGUCACCAUCCAAAGUACAGUAUUUAAGAUAUACAGAGUUUUAUGAUCAUUGAUACAUUUAAUUUUGAAAUAGUACAAAUUAAGAUUUUUCCCUUGAUUCCUGAUGGAUGUCCAUAUUCAGCCUGACAGCAUUUGUAAAUGUCAAGAAAUGCCUGAAAGAGAUCACUUCUCCCAAUUCAAACGGGAAUAUUUUUCCCUAGUAGAGUCCAUGUACAACAUGGACUGAAAACAUCUUUGUGUUGGUUUCUGUAGUUGGAAAGUUUUUUGUUGUUUGUUUGUUUCCAAUGUGAUUGGAAAAUAGUGCAAUUGUGCUAUUCUGUGUAAGAUAGAAAUCAAGAUGGUCAUUGUUUAAAAACAAAUGCACUGAAUGGAUUAAUUUAAACUUUUAUAGAACAUGUUUAAUUUUGAUAUUGAGCUUUAAAACACAAAACAUUUUUUAUGCAGAGGAAAAAAAAACACUUAAAGCAGUUCUGUGUAGCAAAGCAGUGACUUAUCACAAAAAGCCAUAUUGUGUGGGGAAUGUGCCGAAAUGGUUUCGGAACAGAACAUGUCAGCAUAGAUGGAUGACCCUGAAAUGCUCAGUCAUCUUUGCCAAGCAUCUUCCAGGAUGUUACACAAAAUAGGAGUUUUCGCAACUCCUUGGUACAGGGUUCAUUUAAACCCCCAAGCUGUGAGAGUAUGUUUAUUUUUCAUUUUAAAGAAAGAUAUUUAAUUUUCCAAACACAUUUCUUAUUUUCAAGAAAAGUCAGUAUUCCAUUUCAAUUUUGCAUUUUACCAAGAAGUUACUUCAGUAUUUAAAUAAAGCCCCAGAAAUGUAUUUUUAAGAAUUUUGGGUUUGAAAGCUCAAAUCAACAGAAAGAUAUCACACCUCCGUGUGUGCUUCUUUGUUCUUGAAGUAAUCUUUGCAGCCCCUGGGACUCCGCUACUGCAUAAGGCUCCAGGCUGCUCCAUUUCUUAGGAAAGUAACAAUGAGUGAAUAUAUAUGUAACUGCAUGUGUGAACUACUGCUGUAACAUUUGCUGAUACUUCUUUAACAACUCAAUUUCUCCACCUGAUUUACCAUCACAAUUCAGAAUCCGUCAAUAUCUAGAAAGUGCUGGAUUUUGCUUUCCUCAUGAAAGAGAAAGUCAACAGAAAAACUUUAUGCCAUGUGUUUAUUUUGAAACUAUUUUUUAAGAAAUUACCUUAAGACUCAGUCAGCCUACCUCCUGGCUGUCCACCUCUACAUCUAAGAUCCUGAAGACGAGAAAUGUAUCCGGGGGAUGUCAACAUUAUCAGUGGUUGUAAAAAAAGGAUAAAUCCUUCUAGAGCUUGACUGUGCUCUGGCUGGUUUGUCAUUUUUCUGUACUAAUUUGCUUUUGGAAUUUUUCUCUGUCUCUCUGUCUCCCUCUCCCUCUCUCUCUCUCUCAGUUCAGGAAGCAUUCUUCCCACCUGUUCUUUCUUUCCUAAUGAACUUACUGUAUACUCCAGUGAUAACUGCUCAGCAGUCCUGCUCUGAGCUCAACACCUUCUUAGGAGUAAAGCAGACAGAUAAAUUUCAAUCCAUAUUUGUAUGUGUGACUGACAGGCAAAGCAUUCAGUGAACUGUAAGUGUACAUACUUAAACAGAAUGUAUUAUUAAGCCAAGGGGAAAAAACCAAAAGGAAGAUACUUGGAAAGUUUUAGGAAAGAGAACAGGAGCUUCUUGGCAAGAUUAGCUAGGUUCUGUGGCCAUUUGCUUAAAACAGUUUUUAGCAUAAAUAAUUCUUGGUUAGUAAUAGAAUAUGUACUGAACCAGAGAUCCCAUUUCUCUAAUAUCAUAAUUUGUAGAGGUCCAUGUGAGUGCAUGUAUAUAUAUGCAUGCACAUACACAUGCAGAUUGAAUACAAAAUACCUAAAUAAUGCCAAGUGAAAUUAACAUACAAAAGCUUCACCAGAAAAAAAAGUUUGAUUCCUUCACUUUUCACAUAGUUUUCGUUUUUCAUUUAUAUUUGGGCUUUGGUAAUAUUUCUGCCAAAUGCCAAAGUAGAGGCUUUGAUUUUAAAAAUAACAACAAAAGUUCCAAAUUACGUUUGUACAAAUGUCUUAUGACACAUUGAUAAUUAAAUUGCUAAAUUCCAUUACUUUAUUUUAAAACAAUUAACAAGAAAAGUGAGUGGUAUUUAUUUUUUAGUUUUUUUUACUGUAUUUUAUUUUAUUGGUACAUUUCAGAUAUACUUAGUGAUAAUAUUCACUAUAUAGAAUUUGUACCUAUACAUGAUAUAUCUUUCUUCUUCUUUUUUUCUCAUUACCCCCUCCUGACUUUAGUGGUUGUUAUUUAACACUAUUUGUGAAAUUAUGGGCUAAAUUAAAUUGCCAAAGACUGUUUUCCUUUACCUUUGAUAGGUUUCUAUAAAUGACUGUUGGCCUCUAUUAUGAAUAGUGCAAUGCCUUUCCUGACCAAACUUACAAUGGCAUAUUGGUAAAUUAUUUAACACCUUGCUCCCUAAGAAGAAAAAAAUAGUUGAUUUGAUUAGUUACCAAUUUUCAUGGUGUAAAUAUUCUCUCCAGAGUCAUUUUUCAGGCUACCAACAUGAUGAGCCUAAACAGCUUUUUAAAUUCCUGGGAAUGUGUUGGUCAGUCCUUAUGAACUAAUAUAAGCUGACUUUAACACACCCCGCACAUAAAUCACAUAAUGGAUAGAUAGAUAGAUAGAUAGAUAUGUCUAUGUACAUAUCCAAAUACACAUCCUAUAAUCAUAUUUCAAAUUAUGCUAAAAUGCUAAUCAUAUUAACCCAGUAGACAUGAUGCUAUCUAAUUUCCCAUUCUUCAACAUCAAUUUCUUAAAAUUAUAAUGGUUUCUUUAGUAUUAAUAAAGUGAUACGAACUUGCAGGAGAGGAGAGGAAAGAGUUGAAAGUGAGAAAAUGCAAUCAAAUGCAACCCACAGUGAAAAUCAGAUCUACUCAGCAGCCCCAAUGAGGCUGUUUUACUCUCUCCAGGAAUCCACAGCUCUGCAAGCAACACUAUGCCAGGUUAUCCUUUAUAAACAUUUUAACUUCCAUGAUAAAAUUUAAACCUCAACAAUCACAUGAUUCAAGAUAUUUUCCCCUGAGCUGUAGACUCAGGGACAACUUAGGUCCUAAAUGUUUUCUGGGUUGUAAGUGUGCUUGAAAAGGGGCUGUGAGAAGAGAUACUUUUACAAAAUUUGAUGCUUUAGACAGCUAUGACAAUUUUAUCUAUAAGUGUGUGUGUACGGUGACAUGCAUACAUUUACAGACACAAAUGCUCUCUUUCCCUUUUAUAAAACAAAGACCUAAGCUCAAUUAGAAAACAGAAGUAAUUGCACCAAAAGAAAAAAGCACCUGGUCAGUGCUGGAGUAACACUGUGUUGUGGGAGGGCUUGUGAGACGCCCAGGUCUGUGGGGUGGUUGCUCACACGUUGCAGACAGCCGCCCAUCUGCUUCCAGGCAGUGCAGUUUUCCAAGGGCAGCGUCUUGGCUGAGCCUGCCAUCAGUUCUGUGUGAAUUGCCUGUCUUCUUCUGCACGACGCUGAGCAAUCUAGAAAAGACUGCAGCCCAGACUCUGUCUCAUGUGGCACAUACAGUCAGAUCAUUGUCCAGAAAAAGUGGCUUCUCGCGAGGAAAUUGCUCAACAUAGUGUCCUACGCACUCUUCAUUGAUGUCUAAAACCUCUAAAGCACCUCGCUUACCCUCCUUCAGCCUUCUGCUCAAAUAGAGAUUUUCAGGAAAAGCCCUGGAGGAAAAGUCUGUUCCUAAAGCAUGUGCUGUUUUCUGUGAAUGCCAACUUCAGUGAGUUGAUUAUUUAUACAGAAUUUCCAGUCUUGGUGUCGCCAUGUAUACUGUAGCAAGAACAUAGUGGAAGUGUACUUCAGAGGUGCAAGUCUGAGAUUUACCAACUCUGUGGGACACUAUCAGCAAUGAUGUCAACACUCUGCAGUUCCCCUCCUUACCAUGAAAGUAUUAAAAAAAACCAAAACUGAAAAGAUGGGUCUUAGCGUCAUAUUAGUACUAUAUUUUGUUAUUCAAAUGUACGAUUUAAUUGCAGACAGCAGAUUUUAAAAGCAACCACAACUUUAAGAUCAGUCUUCUAGGUUCCUCUUUCCAAUCAGACAGGGGCCCCCAACCCCUUCCACAUAGAAAUCCUGAAACCACCCCUGGGACCUUAACUGUGUUAACUUUGCAGGGAAAGGAAGCCCAGAGCACAUCACAAAAGGCUAUGGCUGUGGCCAGGAUUACUGCUCAGGGGCUGCUCAGGAUAACUGUGCAAGUGCAGCCUAGGCGAGGCCGUGGGUUUGAUCUUCAGCACCAAAAAAGGCAGAGGGCGGGGGCACAGGGUGCUCCAUGUUGCUGAAGUGCUGUUGUACAACAGUGAAAGUAGUGUUCAACCAGGACAUUAUAAUCCAGUGAACAAAUCACCUUUUUUUGUUCUCACAUUGAAACUUACCUUAAAUUUGGAAAUUCAAAGCAACUUAACUUUUUUACUCUCAAACUUGAAUUUGGAAUUCAAAAUACCAACCUUUAUGAGGAAAAUGUAAAGUUGCCUAUAAUGGCUCCUAAAUCCCAGGCUGAUUGUCUAGUACAGCCUCUGGCACCCAGGAAGUCCAGUUCCUAAGUGAUGAGAGUGCACCUUUCUACCUUCAGAAAGCCCCUGAGUUUUCCUUUUGAGUCCUCCACUGUUCUCCUGCGAAGAUGAGUAGCUUCUGUCUGACUCCCUGAUUUGAGAGCUGCUCAUUUUGUUUUUGUUAUUUUAUAUAAAAAUUUUUCCCUGUGGUUUAUGAGUUUAAAACUUUACACAAGGCUUCCUUACAUUUCCCUCUUGCUACAUGUGGGAGAGUUUCACAGCUAAGAGGACAGGGAGGCAGGAGCUAGAGCUUUUCCGCAGGAGCACUCUGCUUUCCACCUUCCAGUUGGUUUUUUUCUCUAUGCAACACACCAUGGGGCUGCUUGGUUCUGGGCUUCCCCCGUGAGGUCAUUCCAUGCCUUCUAUACCUUGUGGGGUCUGGGUCUAUGGCAUGCUCUUUUUGUUGGGAAACAGAGACUCAGAAAUUCUUUAAUGUUCUGUCACAGCAUAGCAAUUGGAGCACUAGACUAGAAGCCAGUGACAUUCAAAGCUGUGAUUCCAUUUGGUUUUUACCUAUUUCGAAUAACAUUCUUAUUGAAAAAAACACUAAGUGUGGAAUUUUCUGAGCUGUGCUGCACAGACUAAGACUUAAUAUCUAUUCUUUUAUUUCAGUUUUAUUUAUGCAUAUACACUAAUAGAGACAAAAUUUUUAAAAUAAAUCUUCCAGAUGACACCAACAUGAAUGUCAGUUGUGCUCUUGAGUAAUUGUUGUCAUUACCUGUUCCCCUUGCUGGUUUUUAAGAAGUGGCGAGAGAUUACAUGGGAAAAAGUGAAGGAAAAUGAUUUUUCUAUUCCUCCAUCUAGUAGUGAAACAGGAAGUGCCAGGUGUCACGAGUGCCAGGUGACAAUCUUUCUGUCGUGUUCCUAGAGCACCUUCUACCUUGAGAGACAGAAAAAAAAAUGGGAAUGUGAGUGAACAUGAAACUAUUUUAUCUUUUACAUCUAUAUCCUUACCCUCAAACUUCCACAUGCUCCCUGAGAACACAUGUAAACCCGCCACCAUACUAACACAUGACCUUUGCACAAAUAAAUAUGUUGAUUAAAAACAAAAGGAUAUUACCUGACAUUAACCAGAGCUAAUGUCUGAAGUUUAACUCGCUUUGCGCUCAAGUAAAAAUAAUCAUUUGAAGCAGCACCCCUCAGAGCUUCCUCAUUCUGGAACUAUUUUACAUAGGAGGGCCUGUUAGACGUUUGUUUUUCACAUCUCUACUCCCCUUACUCAGAAUGCAGCAGAAGCUGUCUUCCUACUGAGAAGCAUCAGCCCUAUCCACAGUAUACUAUGUGUUGCUACUGUGAGUCUGUAAAAUUGUUAAUAGACAGUAUAAACAAUUAUAUCCAAUUUUUCCACUAUUAUAUCCAAUUAUCUAAAAAAUAGUGCCUAUAAUGCAUACCUACUGCCCUGAAACAAUUAUCAUCCAUACACACUUGCAAUAAAACUUUUCUGCGUGGUCUAACAUAAAGUGUAUCACAUUACUUUUUAAAAAAUUUACCUCAGACUAAACUCAUUAAAAUAAAUAACUUAAGGGUAUGUGCAUUUCCAUAAGACUUUUACUUGAUAAACUUAUUAAAAGGAAGUGUUCAAGAACAAAGAAGCACAAUCUUUGUCAAUGCUACUAAUUUAUUAUGUGCCUAACUUGAACCCAUUUUUAAAAGAAAAUAGUUAUCAAGUAAAGUCACUUAAGCUGAUAUAACUAGAAAUAGCUGAGACGGUAAAAGAGCAUUUUGAAUGUCCUAUGUAUGGCAUAUCCUGUACACUGAUUUGAGGUCAGAGUUUUGGUAUUUUUGUAUCAUUCUGUCUUAUCUUGUGCAUCAGCUGUGUAUUUUCUGUCGAAGUACCUAAGCAUCCUGUUUUAUACAUUGAAUAAAAAAUGACUCAAAAAUG